AUGGCAGAAGACAAGUUUGCGAUUCACGCUGCCGCCCGUGACGGUAAAGUAUCCGUCAUCGAAUCUCUCCUCAAUGCGAACCCUAAGCUCGCCCUCCGCAAAGACGACGAUGGCCGUCUCCCCAUCCACUGGGCCUGUUCCUACAAUCGCAAGGAAGUCGUUGAGCUCCUCGUGAACCAAAAGGGUUUCGAUCCUGAUGUCGAGGACGAAAUGGGCUGGACGCCCUUCAUGAUCGCCGCCUCGGUCAAAGAAAGCGACGCGAUAAUCGACCUUCUUUUGUCACGCGGCGCCGACAUCAACCAGACUAACAACCAGAACCAGACAGCUUUGCACUUCAUCGCCUCCAAAAACAACAUCGAUCUCGCGCGCAAGCUUUUGUCCCCGGACCUCAUCAAACCGGCCAAGCCCGCCUCGGUACGGGUCAAGGACAAGCGGGGGCAGUACCCCCUGCACCGCGCCGCGGCUAUCGGGUCUGUGCCUAUGAUCAAUUUGCUGCUGGAGCAUAAGAGCCCGUUGAACGCGACGGAUAGCGCGGGGUACACGCCGCUGCAUCAUGCGGUGGCGGAGGGGCAUGGAGAUGCGGCGGUUGCGUUGCUCAAGGCCGGUGCGGAGACGGAUAAGAAGGAUGUGGAUGGGUGUUUGGCGUUGGAUUUGGCGCCGGAUAAGGAUGUGAGGAGGUUUAUUGAGCGGGAGGCGGAGAGGGAGGGGAUUGAGCUUUGA